AUGCCUCUCUGCUGGGUAGUUUCUCUCAAAAGAGGCUCGCAAGCGUGGGCAAGAAAGCGGUGGAAGCGGUUGAUGUCAACGGACUUUUCAGUCGAACCAAGAGCAAACGGGGACGCACCAGGGCCAAGCGCGGCCGCACCCAAGUCAAAAUCAGCANAAACGCGCGGAGUCAACGGCGGGGGCGGAAUCGGGGGCAGUCACGAAUGCGGGCAAAGUAGCAGGGUCUACAAUAUCGCAGAUGGGUCGUACGGCAACCGGAUGGCAUACGCUGCAGACGCUUUAUCCUCUCUAGCAAAGAGCAGUCCAUUUUGGAGGGUUGCACCACGUUUGUCGUAGAGGAUUGGUUGCUUCAGAGAAACAGCAUGCGUUGAGAACAAGUUGAAACUCAGGCUCUCUACAUCAGACACGCCAGUGAGGUUCAAACACAUCGUCGUUUUCUCACCAUUCUCAUCCUCCUGAAAGAAACUAAGAUUAAUGCUACCGAUGGCUUGCACUUCUAGCAGUCGACCAUCAUCUACAACGACAUAUUUCCUACUGGCGGGGAUCUCUUGCAGGUCAUCCAUGUGUAGGCUGCUGUUGGUGAAACUGUUG